GUGGCAGGAACACUGGCGGCCUCUGGGAUAAGCUGUUGUGAUGUGUUGGGAGCGGUGUGGUAGGCGCUGGAAAUAGCUCGGCGGUGUGUUCGGGGGCUGUCAGGGGCAUGUGGCAGCCGAUGGAAAGAAGUGUGGUGGUGUGUCAGAGGGGCUGUUGGGAGCACUGUGGCGGGUGUGUCAGACAGCUCGGCGGGGUGAUGCUGGGGCUGGGAGCGGUGUGGCAGCCGCUGGAAAUAACUUGGUUGAUUAUUUUAGUGAUCCUUCUCACAUCAUUCCCUUCAUCCUUUCUUCAGGGGUGUCGGGGUGACGGACUGUGGCAUUCUCAUAGAAGCCUCCUGGUUCUUCCUGUUGCACUGAGCUCAGUGAUGACAAUGAGGGAGGCAGCACAAGUCAAGAUGAACAAGGAGAAGCUGGCCAAGCUGCAGGAGCAGGUGCGCAUCGGCGGGAAGGGCAGCGCUCGCCGCAAGAAGAAGGUGGUCCACCGCUCCUCCGCCACCGACGACAAGAAGCUGCAGAACUCCCUCAAGAAGCUGACAGUCAACAACAUCUCUGGCAUAGAGGAGGUCAACAUGAUCAAGGAGGAUGGCUCAGUCAUCCACUUCAACAACCCCAAGGUGCAGGCGUCCCUCAACGCCAACACCUUCGCUGUGUCGGGCCACGCCGAGAGCAAGCAGAUCACCGAGAUGCUGCCGGGCAUCCUCAACCACCUGGGUGCUGAGGGCUUCAACCAGCUCAAGCGUCUGGCGUCCACCGUCACAACCAGCAAUGCAUCAGCUGGAGGAAUAGAUGAUGAUGAUGAUGAUGUUCCCAUGCUGGUCGAGGACUUUGAGGCUGCCAGCAAGACAGACACUGGAGUGACCACUGCAAUAGAGAAGGAACCUGAAGUAGAUGACAUCCCAGAACUAGUGGAGAUACCCAACGGGGCAUUGGAGCCAGCUUCUAUCCAACCACCAGUGCCGGAAGCCAUCAAAGAGGACAAGAAGGAAGCUGAAUCAUCUCAGGUGCCUGUAGAUGCUGCUGGCACUGCUGCCACCACUGAAGGCGAGAGCACAGACGCUGCCCCCAAAACACCUUCUCAAGAACACAAGGAGACCAAGAAAGGAAAGAAAAAGGAUUCACCUCAGGCCCCGAAAGAUGCCACCACCACAAAUGCUGCAACACCCACACCUGCCACAGACCAGGCUGCCACUCACUCAGGCAAAGACUCUGCCCCCAAGCCAGUCAAGGGGAAGGCCCCAAAGUCUAAGAACAAGGAUGCAGCUCCCAAGCAAACCAAGGACAGCAAGGAAGCAGUUCUUGAGCCUGCCAAGGACAGCAAGGAAGCAGUUCCUGAGCCUGCCAAGGACAGCAAGGAAGCAGUUCCUGAGCCUGCCAAGGACAGCAAGGAAGCAGUUCCUGAGCCUGCCAAGGACAGCAAGGAAGCCGUUCCUGAGCUUGCCAAGGACAGCAAGGAAGCAGUUCCUGAGCCUGCCAAGGACAGCAAGGAAGCCGUUCCUGAGCCUGCCAAGGACAGCAAGGAAGCAGUUCCUGAGCCUGCCAAGGACAGCAAGGAAGCAGUUCCUGAGCCUGCCAAGGACAGCAAGGAAGCAGUUCCUGAGCCUGCCAAGGACAGCAAGGAAGCAGUUCCUGAGCCUGCCAAGGACAGCAAGGAAGCAGUUUCUGAGCCUGCCAAGGAAGCAGUUCCUGAGCCUGCUCUGGGAGACAAGGAUGGCAAGGACAAGACAGCUGUUCCUGACCCUGCCAAGGACAAGGAUGCUACACCCAAGCCCAAGGACAAGAAAGCCACCCAGAAGCCCCCAAACAAGAAUCAAGAGAGUUCUGACAAAGAGAAACCCUCAAAAGCUGCCAAGGAUAAGGACGCAUCAAAGCAAGACACUGACAACGAGGCGAGCAGACCCGCCAAGCCCGCCAAGGGCAAGGGCAACAAACAGGGUAACAAGGGAAAGGGCGGCAAGGCUUCCGAGAACCAGAACAAGACACAGACAGAGAAUGACAAACCUGUACAGGACAAGAGUUUGGACACUGUGCCCGGCAAAGAAUUGGAAAAACCCAUUCAGGAGGAGAAGGCCGGCACAGAAGACAAGCCCGCAGAGGGUGAGACACCUGUGAACAAGACCGACGCCAAGGACACCGUCGCUGUGCCUCCAGAAGGUAAGGCAUUGGAUGCCAAGGCAGAGGAAGCUUCCAAGACUGGCAAGGAGGAAGGGAAGCUGCCACAGAAAGAGAAAGCUGGCAAGACUGGCAAGGAGGAAGGGAAGCUGCCACAGAAAGAGAAAGCUGGCAAGUCCAAGGGCAAGCAAGCAAACAAGUCUGCUGCUACUACAACUAAUGCCUCUACUACCCCCCCUACUACUACUGCUACCCCUGCCCAAGGUAUUGAGACCCCUGCUACUCCAGUCCAAGAAGUGUCUUCUCCUGCUACUAUAACUACUACUGCUACCCCAGCCCAAGAUGCUAAAGAAGCUCCUCCUACUACUGCUGCUGCUCCUGCUACUCCAGCCCAGGAUGUUAAAGAAGCUCCUACUGCUACUACUGUCACUACCGCUACUGCUCUCCCAGCCCAAGAUGCUCAGCAGGGUCCUACUGUUACUCCUGCUCCUGCCCCAGUCCCUGAAGCCAAGUCCCGGGCAGGUCCAACCCCUGGUAAAAAGUCCAACCCCAAGAGCAAACAGUCCAAGAAGUCCAAGGGGAAGUAGGGGGGGGUGGAGUGCUGACUGGACUGACGGCUGAUUUUUCCCCAGCCGCAGACAGCAACAAGUUCACAGUGUCGGACAAAGCAGACGAGGAGAAGACUCAAGGGGAAGCCGCCGCCGCCAAGACUGACAAGAAGAGCGGCAAAAACCCUGCCGCUGCCACCGCCGCCGCCGGUUCAAGCUCGUCCUCCG